GGAAAGCGUAACUUUGAGCGAAGACAAGAAGCAAGAGUAUCCCCACCUGUGCAAUGUACCGCCAGACGAGCUGAUGUGGGCUUUGGACUUGGAAACCAAGAAGGAAACGCGUGAGAACCUGCAAAAGCAGAAAGAAGAUGUCGGAGGAAAACUGAAAGAUCUGAAGAAGGACCGCGAAGACACCGAGAACGACAGUCAGAAGAAAACCGAAUAUGAAAAACGAACGCUUGGACUGCUUGAGUGGGCCCGUCGGAACAACCACGAGCUGUCCCUGGGGGAAAUCGCGUCGCCUGACAAGGGGUUCAAGAGACUUGUGGGUCCCAGUGAACUACGAAGACGAAAAAUGCAGAUGUGCUUUUUCCUACACCCAAAUGCCCAAUCUUGUGAUGUCUUGUCAUGUAUCAAGAGAACGAAAGUAGUCUAAGCACAGCUGAGUGGCGCAUCGGAAGCAGUUCCGUUCAUCAAAACGAAGAGGAAGCUAGUGGCUUUUCAUUCAAAGCAAGGUGCUGACAGCACCGCCUGCAAACCGCGAUGCGAUAUAUUCUUUCAUUGAUAUCCUUUGCUUCAAGCCUUUUUUGUUACAAGAGACCGAACGAGAACCAGCUAUCCUCUGUCUUCUCAGAACAUGCGCUUUCCUGGAAAGUUGUGUCCCGGCCAAACUUGAUUGAGUGCCAUUUACAGGAGAAAACUUUCAUGUUUAUAACGCGACAGAAUGCACUCUAACAUGGUGAAUAAUGCUCCGUCUCAUACUCGUCAAUGCGGAAAGUGUUGAUGCCGAUCAUGCUAAUCUGUAACCACAAAUACACUGAGUCAGGCAAAAGCUGAGUAAAGUCAGCUGUGAUUUGCGAGAAAUGCCGGCCUUGUGUCUACGCGUUUCAGCUUACUGCAGAUACCUCUGUAGUUGAUACGCGUAACAGGUGAAGAAGGUGCUACACGUCGACCGACAGACUCACUAAACAGGACCGGCGAAAAAAGGCCUGCGACCCCGUGCCGCAAGACUUCAGAAAUGAUUUUUGUACACGCGAUCGCAGCACGUCGCAUUCCCGUUGAAGUAUGAGGAGGGGGGAGGUUUCAUUGGGAUACAUGGGGACCACGAACUGCGACUGCACGAGGAAUGGGGGCUGAUUGGCGUAUUUCAGCUUGACACCAAGCCCCCGAUAAACUGGUGGGACUUUGCUGGUAUGACGACGAUCGCGGUCUCCCAAAUAGUGGGCGGCACCGUUUUGGCCAUUUUCGGGGGCUGCAACCUGGCCACGAGUCUGAUAUGCGAAGGCAUCGCUGAUAUGAUCACAGCCGUCA